UCAAUGCCACCGUCCCCUCCUCCUUCAGGAGCAAUGGGCUGAGCAGGGCUGCAGAGAUCGGGCUGGACUGAAACAGAGGAGCGGGGAAAACAGUCAAGCAACAGGAUACUGACUGCGGUGGGAACAGUUUGGGAGCCAUGGGCCGUCGGCUCAUCCAUGGUCUCUCUGGAGCCGCAAUCUUCCUUGCCAGUGUGGCUCUCCUUUCCGUGCGGCACCGUGGGGUUCAGGAAACAGCUCGGUAUCCAAGGCUCAGGGAGGGGAUGUUGGAGAAGCCAGAGCAACGAAGCAAAAUGAGUGCAGAGAAAGCUGGUGGCAGGGGGCAGAAGGACCUCAAAGUCCAUUCUCUGGAAGGAUACAGGACUGAGAGAAGCCUAACACUUGGAGACGUUUUCAUAGCUGUGAAGACAACCAAGAGAUUUCACCAGAGCAGGAUGGAGCUGCUUCUGGACACAUGGAUAUCACAGGCCAGUGAGCAGACCUACGUCUUCACUGAUGAAGAAGAUGAUGCCUUGAAAAGGAGAAUGGGUGACCAUGUGAUCUUCACCAACUGCUCUGCCGAGCACAGCCAUCUGGCCCUCUCCUGCAAGAUGUCAGCUGAGUUCGACGCCUUCCUGGUCAGCGGCCGGAGCUGGUUUUGCCAUUUGGAUGAUGACAACUACCUGAACCCUCAGGCCCUCCUGAAGCUCUUGUCCUCCUACUCUGAGACGUGGGAUGUUUACCUGGGGAAACCCAGCCUGAACCGACCCAUCCGGGCCUCCGAAACACUGCCAAACAACCAGACGAAAUCUGUGCGCUUCUGGUUUGCCACAGGAGGGGCUGGGUUCUGCAUCAGCCGCAAGCUGGCAAGCAAGAUGGUGCCGUGGGCCAGUGGCAGGAACUUCCUGACCACUUCAGAGCUCAUCCGCCUGCCAGAUGACUGCACCGUGGGUUACAUCAUUGAGUGCAAAGUUGGUGGGCAGCUGCUGCCCAAUGCGCUCUUCCACUCCCACCUGGAGAACCUGCAGCUCAUCCCCACCUCUCAGCUCAUCCAGCAGGUCACCCUCAGCUACGGUGUCUUUGAGAACAAACUCAAUGUUAUUGAGCUCAGCGGCCCCUUCUCGCCACAAGAGGAUCCCUCAAGGUUUCGAUCACUCCACUGUCAUCUCUAUCCCGACACCUCCUGGUGCCUGCAGCCUGUUGGCUGGUGAUGCCUGAGCCUCAGCUACAGUUGGUCCUAGUGAUACCUAUGCACCUUGUAGGGGAUGGGACAGUGAAGAAGCUUGGUGUCCUCAAUUUUGCCUUUUCUACAGUGGUCGUGGGGCUCUGUGAUGGCUUUUUUGGUCCUUGCUCAAUACUGGUGACACAGGACAAGAGACAGGAUCUGUCCCAAAGAUGGAUAACAUGGGCUGGACACAUGGAUGAGCUUCCCAUCUGUGAUGGGAUACAUAUAAGGGAUGGGAGCAGUAUGCCUUCUGAGCAGAUGAAGGACCGAAUAGUAACUGCUGGGCAUCUUGGUAAAGAUGAGGACUUGCUGCUCUGUGCUGUGGCUGCAUCUCGUUGACUAGAAAGUCCCUGGGUGUGUGUAACCAGUGCACAGCUGAGGAUGGCUGGCAGCAUGUCAUCGCUCCGGGCUCUGAGCAGGGCCUCUUCCUCCACAUCUGCUUGUGCUUUUCCUACUUGCAGCCACUGCCCUGCUGAGUCUCUGCCUAGUCAAGGUCUACAGAAAUGGAAUGUGACCAUUUCUGUCUUGAAUGAAUCCUGGAGAAGCGUGGUUCUUGCUCAGGACAGGGGAGAUUGACAGGAAGUACAAAGAAUCAGGAAUCCCUUGUUCUGCUGGGACAAGAGAGGAAGAAUGAAAGGGAGCCAGGAGAAGACUGAUGGAGAUGAGGACAGUUCCUGGAUUGAACACUGAGGGUCUGAUCUUGUAUGGUGCUGCAUUAUUCCUCUCCUUUUACCUUCUUGAUGUGGGGUCAGGAUAAUCUCUUGCUCUAAUUACCAACCUGUCGUCUGAGAUUAGACUCCAGCUCCUAUCUGUGAGAGGAGACAUAAAGGAUUAGAACUGGCUGAAAGAGAGGAGAAAGGAAGAGAUGGAGAAGGAGCUCUCAGGAGCGGAUUAGGGGUUACAGCUUUAUAAUCUUUUCUGUCCCCGACUAAAAAAAUUAAGUCAUGAAGGAAUGGAAACAGCAAGGCAAAGAGCUUUUUAUCUCUGCGUUUCUUUACUCCAGAGGCUAAUAGGAGCUUUCUGCCUACCUGCUGUCCCUGCCGAGUGCAACAGGGAGAAGGAGAGGCCCCAAAUAGGUUACAAGCUUUCUGGCAUGUUUGUGAAGAGUCCUAUACUCAAUAGAGAGCCUGGUGUGAAACCUGGGCAGUGCUGCUUGCUGGGGAAUGAACUUUGGCAUCAUUUUGUCCUUAUACACACAGUUAAACCGCUGGGGGAGAGCAUUGCAGGGAAAGCUAGAAGGCAAACAGACUGUUUUAAAUGGCAGGUGGUGCCACAAACAGGUAUUUCUCUUUAAAGAGCAUUUCAAAACAGACUGCUGGGAUCUGUGAGAGGUCCUGUAAUCUCCAGAUGAAAGGACAAAUGCCCUUUCUCCAAAGAACUGCUCAGCUUUGAUGCUGCUGAUGUGACUAAGCCUGCUGCUGGUGGGUUGGAAGAGCCAAAGGCAACUGUCACUGUGGCUUUGCUGUUUUGAAAACUGGCCACUCUGUCACCUCCUUCCCCCCCCACGCACCAGCAUCUCCUACACAGCACACAUGAGGUUUAAAGGAAUGGCAUCAGAAAGACGUUCCACCUCUGCAAAGGGGAUCUAGAAAGGAACGAGCACUUUAAUGUCAAGAGAAGCAGAGGGCAGCAGCCUGUAGAGCUGUUUUCCAGCCUGGUCAUUCUUACUGGCAUAUAAUCAGCUUGUGUAGCAGCAGAGACCCCUGCUUUCUUCUGUUGCACAACAUGCCUUUGAACUGGAAAUUCGUCCUGAGCAGGGGCAGGGGCCAUCUGAUGCCAAUGGCCAUUCCUUGAGUUGUGCAAAGCACUUGGCUCACACAGCUGAGCUCACCAAGGAACCAUGCGACACAAAACAGACACACAGCUAUUGGAAGAGAGAUGCAACAUAAAGAAGUCCUGCCCCACAGGGCAAGCAGUCGGGUUUGAAGAAGAUGAAAUACACUUUCAUGAGAAGAAAUGAGUCUUCAAGAGAAAU